AUGGGGCACUAUGUGGUGGUGAGCCCAGCUGUGCUCUACCACCCGCACACGGGGACGGUGUCAGUUCAUCUCAGCGACCUCAAUGAGACCGUCCGGGUGAGCGUCCGGCUGGAGAGGGGGGAUGGGCCCAGCGCUAUCACCCUGCUGGAGAGAGAGGUCCAGGAAUCCCGUCUGCACGAGAACGUGCGCUUCCAGGUGAGCCCCCACCCGCAGCCAUCGACACGGCCCUGGGCACUGGCCAUGGUGGGUCUGCGCCACGACCGGCCCGUUACUGGCCGCUGUGGCCUUGCUGGGGGUCCCCGUGUGCAGGUUCCAGCCCCGUCCGAGGGGCAGCAGGAAGUGGCAAAGCUGCACGUCUCGAUCCGGGGAGAUGCCCUGCAGUUCUCUGAGCGGAAGAAAGUGCUGGUGCAGGCGCUGCAGCCCGGGACCUUUGUGCAGACAGACAAGGCCGUCUACAAGCCAGGACAGACAGUGAAGUUUCGAAUCCUCAGUUUGGACAAAGACUUCAUUCCCAGUACCCGGAAGCUGCCCCUGGUGACCGUGCAGGAUCCCAGCGGGAACCGCAUCGCCCAGUGGCGAGAUGUGACUCCGCAGCAGGGCAUCAUGGAUCUGUCCCUCCCGCUGUCUGCAGAGCCGGCCCUGGGGACGUACGCCAUCGAGGCGCAGGGGACGAGGCACUCGUUCAGCGUGGAGGAAUAUGGUGCACAGCGGAACCCAGUGCUGCCCAAGUUCAAAGUGACCCUGGAGCUGCCCCCCAUGAUGACGGUGCUGGAUGAGACGCUCCUGCUGCGGGUGUGUGGCCGAUACACCUCCGGGAAGCCCGUCCUGGGGAGGGUCCAGGCCAGCCUGUGUUGGGAGAAACAACCAACAUAUCUCUGGUCCCCGUACGGUUUUUAUGAGGAGCCAACAACCAUGUCUCUGUGCAUGGUGCUUACUGGCCAGACUAAGAGAAAUGGCUGCUUUUCCAGAGAGGUGGAGAUGGCUCGCGUAGUGCCGACUGACUCUGGCUAUGGGAUGAGCCUCCAGGCCAAGGUGUCUCUCGUGGAGGAGGGGACAGGGGUGGAGCUCAACGCGACCAAGAGCUGCAAGAUCGUGUCUAAAAUCCCUAUAGUAACCUUUGAGGAUGAUGACGAUACCUACAAGGCUGGAAUCCCCUACACUGGCAAGAUGCUCCUGGAGACAGCAGAUGGCUCUGCACUGAAGAAUGAGAAGCUGCAGCUCUUUGUUAGCUAUGGGGAUAAGAAUAAGAACCAGACCUUCUUGACCGACGAGUCUGGCAGAGCCUCCUUCCAGCUGGACACCUCCGGCUGGACCGGGACGGUCAAUCUGAGGGGGCACUUCAAGCAGGUGAACAACAGCGCUGAGUAUGACAGAGUCUAUCCCAGUUACCCGGAUGCCGAUCGUCACCUGACGCCCUUCUACUCCAAGAGCCAGAGUUUCCUGAAGAUCCGCUCGCUGGGAGGGGUGCUGCCCUGCGACCAGGCCCAGCAGCUCCAGGUGGAUUACGUCAUUGCUAAGGAGGCCCUGGGGAACAGGUCCAGGAGCCUGGAUUUCAUCUUCCUGGUCGUAGCCAAGGGAACCAUCGCCAGGAUCCUCCACAAGGGGCUGGACCUCAGGGAGGGGGCUGCUGCCCGUCGGCGCUGA